AAACCCCAGCCCGGAAGUGUGACAUGUUACUAACAAAUACAAGCCCAGCUACCGCAGUAUGUACAUGUACUUGCAGUUGUAGCUGUGCACAACCCCAUGUAGUGCAUAAUUAGCGGAACUCUACACAUUGCAAUGUCAAUAAGCGACUGUGUUGUUUGUGUGAGCCCGACCUGGCUUCUGGUUGCUGCUGUAAGCAUACUCGGCCUGUGGCUCGGAACGCGGAAACCGCAGCACAUACCCCCAGGUCCCCCGACGCUGCCGUUGAUCGGCAAUCUCCUCUCCUUGUCGGGGGGUGAUGUCAGACACAUCUUCCAGAAGUUAAGGAAACAGUAUGGCGAUGUAUUCAGCCUUUAUUUUGGCAACAAGCUCGUCAUUGUCUUCAAUGGCCAUGAAACACUGAAAGAGGCGUUUGUGAAGUAUGGGGACAAUUUCAGCGACCGGCCAAAGGGGCUGAUGUAUGACGAAUAUACAAAAAGAAUGGGCGUCGUGAACUCAAGCGGUCAGUUGUGGAAAGAACAAAGAAGAUUCUCCCUCUCCGUUUUGCGUGACCUUGGCCUUGGCAAGAAUGUCAUGGAAACACGGAUACACGAAGAAGUGAUGUCUUGCCUCGACCUCAUCCUGUCUCAUCCUGCUUCCUUCGACAUCAGCAGCAUCAUCAACACAAGCGUUUGCAACAUUAUAUCGUCCCUGACCUUCGGGAAAAGGUUUGAACAUGACGACCCCGAAUUCCGAUGUUACAUGGACACAAUAAAUGAGAAUAUGAAGGUAGUUGGCGGGACGUCUCUGGGUCACUUCUUUCCCAUCUUGAAGUAUUGUCCUGGAGAUCCUCUGAAAUUGGGGACAUUGGGUCCCAGCGACAAAAUAAUACGGGGUUUCAUACGGAAACAGAUAGCGCUACACAAGACGGACCCAAUACUUCAACAAGAGGACGACUUUGUUAAUGCUUAUCUCAAGGAAAUCGACAAACAGCAAACUGUUAAUGCGGAAAACACGACAUUUAGCGAUGAGAUGUUGGUAUGUAUCAUCGUCGAGUUUUUCGUGGCUGGAACGGAGACGACCGCAACGACACUGCGAUGGGCUCUCCUGUACCUGAUCCUGCACCCAGACAUCCAGGAGAAGGCGCAGCUAGAGCUGGACCAGGUCUUUGAGAAGGAGCAGCAGCCCUCAAUGAGUGACAGGCGUUGCCUCCCCUUCAUGGAAGCUCUCAUCAUGGAGGUGCAGAGACUCGCUGAUGUUGUCCCAUUCUCUGUGCCCCACGCACCUCCUCAGACCACACAAUUCCGGGGAUUCACCAUUCCCGAGAACACCAUGCUGCUUCCGAACAUCAGCUCCGUCCUGUCCGACCCCGAUGUGUGGGGGAAUCCUGAAACAUUCAGACCGGAGAGGUUCCUAGACGAGUGCGGAAGUGUCCGUCGAGAUGAGGCAGUCAUCCCCUUCUUCAUGGGAAGAAGAAUAUGCCUUGGUGAGUCACUAGCCCGGAUGGAACUGUUUCUGUUUCUGUCGUCACUGCUGAAGACGUUCAAAUUCCGGCUUCCGGAAGGGGAACCUCCACCAGAUCUUGAAGGAAUUCUGGGUAUAACACGGAUGCCACGGCCUUUCAAAAUAAUCGCCACUCCAAGAAACAGCACCUGCAUUAGUGCAUAUCCCGACACCGCAAUGUCAAUAUGCGACUGUGUUUGUGUGAGCCCAACCUGGCUUCUGGUUGCUGCUGUAAGUAUACUCGGCCUGUGGCUCGGAACGCGGAAACCGCAGCACAUACCCCCAGGUCCCCCGACACUGCCGCUGAUCGGCAAUCUCCUCUCCUUGUCGGGGGGUGAUGUCAGACACAUCUUCCAGAAGUUUAGAAAACAGUAUGGCGAUGUGUUUAGCCUUUAUUUUGGCAACAAGCUCGUCAUUGUCUUUAAUGGCCACGAAACGCUCAAAGAGGCGUUUGUGAAGUAUGGGGACAAUUUCAGUGACCGACCAAAGGGGCUGAUGUAUGACGAAUUUACAAAGAGAAUGGGCAUCGUGAAUUCAAGCGGCCAGAUGUGGAAAGAGCAAAGAAAAUUCUCUCUUUCCGUUUUGCGUGACCUUGGCCUUGGCAGGAAUGUUAUGGAAACAAGUAUCCUUGUUGAUGUGACGUCGUGUCUCGACGCCAUCCUGGCGCAGAACGGCGCGUCUUUCGACAUCAACAACAUCAUCAACGCAAGCAUCUGUGACGUUAUUUCGUCCCUAAUCUUCGGGAAGAGGUUUGGAUAUGACAAUGAAGAAUUCAAAUCUUUUAUGUAUGAGAUCAACGAGAAUAUGAAGAUAGUCGGCGGGACAUCACUGGGUCACUUUUUUCCAGUUUUGAAAUACUGUCCUGGAGAUCCACUCAAACUCGGGACUAUGGCUCCGCGGGAUGUCAUACUCAGGGGCUUUGUACAGAAACACAUACAGCUGCAUAAGGCGGACCCAAACCUUCAACAACAGGUCGACUUUGUUAAUGCCUAUCUGAGGGAGGUUAAACAUCAGCACACCACUAAUCCGGACAGCACUUCGUUUAGCGAUGAGAUGUUAACUCAUAUUAUUAUCGAGUUUUUCGUGGCUGGAACGGAGACGACUACAACGACACUGCGGUGGGCUCUCCUGUACCUGAUCCUGCACCUAGACAUCCAGGAGAAGGCGCAGCUAGAGCUGGACCAGGUCUUUGAGAAGGAGCACCAGCCCUCAAUGAGUGACAGGCGUUGCCUCCCCUUCAUGGAAGCUCUCAUCAUGGAGGUGCAGAGACUCGCUGAUGUUGUCCCCUUCUCUGUGCCCCACGCGCCUCCCCAGACCACACAAUUCAGGGGAUUCACCAUUCCCGAGAACACCAUGCUGCUUCCGAACAUCAGCUCCGUCCUGUCCGACCCCGAUGUGUGGGGGGAUCCUGAAAAAUUCAGACCGGAGAGGUUCCUAGACGAGAGCGGAAGUGUCCGUCGAGAUGAGGCAGUCAUCCCCUUCUUCAUGGGAAGAAGAAUAUGCCUUGGUGAGUCACUAGCCCGGAUGGAACUGUUUCUGUUUCUGUCGUCACUGCUGAAGACGUUCAAUUUCCGGCUUCCGGAAGGGGAACCUCCACCAGAUCUUGAAGGAAUUCUGGGUAUAACCCGGAUGCCACGGCCUUUCAAAAUAAUCGCCACUCCAAGAAACAGCACCUAACCAUCUCUGCGUAAUACAUGCCAUGCAAGAGUAA